UGUUAGAAUUUAUAUUCAUAAAUCAAAUUGAUUUGAUUAACUCAUAUUCCAGUUGUCUCCAGCUUUAAUGUUGUUGCUUUAAAUUCUUUUUGGAGAUUUACUCAAGUUCUAAUUGGAGCUACAGGCUCUAUCCAAAGUACAAUUUCUAUACAAAUUUAGACCUGAUUCCUCUCUUUGAUUGAUCUUUUUUUACUUUUAUUAUAUUAUGCAUUUGAAACCGUAUAUACACACAUAUCUAGAUUGAAAAUAACCAAGUUACUUUGAAAUUUUGUAUAUAGAAACAACCUUCAGUUCUCAGGAAAUACUGUGUAGAUUUGGCUAGCUGUUGAUCUUAUUUUCACAUAUCAUGAAGCAAAGAUUUUCAACUUUUAAUACUAAAACUAGUUGAAAGAAAACAUGAAGAUAGAGCAAUUUACUGUCUAAUACAGGUUAAUUUAUUGCUUGUUUCAGUUGAUAUACCUUUUGAAUGAUGAGAGGAGUAAGAUGAUCUCGAGUUCAAGGGAAAAAGAUCUUCAAACAAAGCAAGAGGGUGAAACCAAUGACGGCAAGGUCUCCAAAGGGCCAUCAAGUUCAAGGCAGUGGUCUGCAGGAUUUAGAAAUCCAAGGAUUGUCAGAGUCUCGCGCUCGUUUGGAGGAAAGGAUAGGCACAGCAAGGUUUGCACAAUAAGGGGAUUAAGGGACCGGCGGAUUAGGCUUUCUGUACCUACUGCAAUUCAGUUGUAUGAUUUACAAGAUAGGCUUGGCCUUAGUCAGCCUAGCAAGGUGGUUGAUUGGUUGCUUGAUAUUACUAAAGAUGAUAUUGAUAAGCUCCCUCCACUUCAGAUGCCUCAGGGAUUUGGUCAGUUCCAUCAGCCAAUGCUAGUUUCUCAUGAAUCAAAUCCCUCCCAAUCUUCCCUUGCUCCUUUCUUCGAUGCAAAUUCUAUGUUCAUGAAGGAUGGAGAAGAUCAAAGCAUAGCAGCAAAAAGAUAUUGGGAUAAUAUGGCUGCUGCACUGAGAGCAAAAAGUAAGGAAGUUGAAAGAGAAAGUACAAAUGCCGCUGCUGAGAAGGGAAAGUGGAUCAGACUAAAUGAACCAGAAAAUCAAGAUGGAAAUAUUGGUGUUUAUACUGGUGGUCAGGCUUUAUCUCAAAAGCUUUUUCCUUUAACCAAUCAUUCGUCAUCACCUGGCUUGUUAAACAAUGCCAUGCCCUUCAAUUCUUAUUGCCAUUGGGAGCCUUCAAGUCUAUCUUUGUCUCAAUUUGGGAACCAUGGAUUUCUUCCCCAAACUGAAAAUUUCCUCAAUGGUAACACUAGUGUGCAAUUGCCAUCUUCAUUGUCUCUUCCAUUGGCACAUGCACCCCAGUUUUUUUUCUGCCCACCAUCGACAAUGCCUUCACUUUUUCCCACAUAUCCUCCAUAUGGUACUGCACCAGGUCCAGGGGACAGUAAUGAUUCCAGGCAAAUGAAUCAUUUCCAAUUAUUGAGCUCAAAUUCCCAACAUGUUCUGCCAAAUUCUGUCACAAUGAGUUCUCCCAUGAAACAUUUCUCUUUAAACGUAAAUGCUGGCCUCACUCUUACACAAAAUGAUGAUGAAAGUCAUGCAGAUGAGGAUAAUACCGAUUCUUGAUAGCUGGUUCAAACUUCAAAAUGAUAUUAAUUUGAUUUCAUGGGCUACGUACAUCAAUAUGGAUUAUCAAAUUUCAUAUGUUUUGCUGAGGCGGAAAAUUUGAAAUCACCAAAUUAGGCAAGAAUUACAAUAAGGGUCAUUACAUUUUGUUUGGAAAUACACCAGGA